AUGAAACUCCUUUCUGUAACUCUUUCCUUAUUUCUAUUCUCUUUUUCUUCUGCUUGUAUCUCCGUUUUGCACGAUCAGAAAUCAGAUCAUGUGGAUUCUGAACAACAAGAUCGAAUAAAUGCGGCUGUAGAUGAACAAAGCGCGAAAAUCGAGGAAACAGAGGUCGAUCGGGUUACAAUAAAUGUAAGUUUACGUAACACAAUUAACGUUUUUUACACUUAUCUAACUUCCUUGCAGGAAUAUUUAAAUUCUUUUGGAUAUUUGAAGCCCAAGCAAAAAUUCGAAGACGGAAUAAGGUAAUAUUUUUAACCAAAUUAUAAUUUUCUACAGGCUUUUCCAAAAAUUCAUGGGUUUAAACCCCUCAGGCAAUGUCGAUUUGGCUACAAAAUCUGCAAUUACUCGUAAAAGAUGUGGGAAUAAAGAUAUCCGACUGAAUAAACGGAACAAAAUCUGGGAAAAGGUGAGCAUCAAUUAUGGAAUUGCUUCUUUCCCACGCAGAAUUCGGCCAACUGACGUUAGGUAUGCUUAAACAUACAGCUAUCUAAGUGUAAUUACAGAGAAUUGAUCAAACAAGCAUUUUCGGCCUGGGAAAUUGUGAUUGCCAUUGAAUUUGUGGAGGUCAGAACCGCCCAAAAUGCUGAUAUUAUUAUUCGGUUUGACAAUGGAAAUCCCGUAAAUAACACCGACAAGUCAUCGUUCUCUGUUGGAACGGCUUCCGACCCAGUUAAAUCGACGAUUUGGUUGAGAGAAAACGAGAAAUGGGGAGUUUUCCAGAAGCAGGAACCCGGCAAGAUUGAUCUCUUUCUGGUCCUUGUACACGAGAUUGGCCAUGUCCUUGGUCUAGACCAUACCAGCGACCCAAAUUCGGUCAUGUUCCCAAUUUUUCAACGCCAAAAUGGUGAAGAAUUACCGGUGAUAAACGCCGAUGACGUUGAACGCCUGAGGGGAAUCUACGAUCCCAAGACCGAGUCUUCGAUUCCUCAAACUCUAAAUGCUGCCAGUCAUGAAGAUGAUCAGGAUUCCAAAUGCCCAACCGGUCUAUGGACAAUCACCACCUCCCCCUCAGGGCAUUUGUUUGUCUUUGCUGACAAUUCAGUGUGGACUUUCAAUGAUAAGCACGAGUAUUUAAAGGGCCCUCAGAGACUGAAUAAAGUAUUUCCUGGGGCUCCAUCCAGGAUUACGGUAGCUGUUUCGGAUGGACAAAGAUUGGCAUUGAUCGAAGACCGGGAUGUUUACCAGUAUGAAGAAGGCAGAGAGGGAUUCAAAGCUGUGGAAGGGAGCCCCUUCAGACUCCACAGUCGUGUGUUAUUCUUCCCAAGUGCGGCUUUUCCUAUGGCAAAUGACAGUGUGAUUCUUCUGGAUGUAAGUAUUAUAAUUUCUAAUUGAUCUUUCUUUCGUUAGGGCAACGUCUAUGCGACCUACAAUCUGAAGACGAAUCGCCCUUCUUUGUUGGGUGACAAAAACGCCGUCUUCCCGCAUUUGCCUGAGGAUAUGAGAGCUGGAAUAAUGGAGGGCAGACACACCGAGAGCCCUCGAUAUUACAUGUUCACCACCGAUCAGGUAGUGCAAUACAAUAUGAGCAAUAGACAAGCGUCCUCUCCAUCUCCAUUAAGUUCAUUUUUACAUUGUAAAUAAAUGUUUAUUUAAGGGUGAAGAAAUAAGAUGGUACAGGUCGUUAAGUAGGGUUUGGACGAGGUAUGUCCCGGGUAUAUUCCCUAACUCCCACCGGCCGAAAUUUUUUGGGAAUUUUAACAAGGAAAGUACUUCUAUGGGGUGUGGAAUUACCGGUCGAGAUAUAUAUCAAAAAAUUCGCAAAAAUUUUCUGAUUCAGAAUAUAUAUAAAUUAGCUGCCUAAUUUUGGUCUAUCAGCGAGUUUUUUCAAUAAAUGUUUUUCUCGAGGAAAAAAUCUGCGGCAACAAAAGCGCGCUCGGUCUCUUCCUUCGGAAGAGAGCGGUGUGGCCGAGUGGUUAGAGCGCUGGGUUGGAAAUCCGAGGGAAACGGGUUCGAUUCUUUUUGCCACACUAGAACCCAUUUUUUACAUUGGAACUACUUUUAAGGUGUAGUUGUAAUCCAAUUUGAUAUUUUAAGGCUUGUCAUGGCCUUAGAAUUUAGUUUAGCAUAAAACAAAAUUUUUUUAUUGGUAAAAACACGGUCAAAAAGACACUUGCAUGGUGUCACGAGAAAACUUCUGAGGACAAAAACAUGUCAUUAGACCAAAAUUAGGCAGCUAAUUUAUAUAUAUUCUGAAUCAGAAAAUUUUUGCGAAUUUUUUGAUGUAUAUCUCGACCGGUAAUUCCACACCCCAUAGAAGUACUUACCUUGUAAAAAGGAGGGGUUGACCGAACAAAAAAACGGACGGUAAGGAGGCGGGGCAAGGUAAAAAAUUUCAAGGCGUAAUGCGCCGCGAAACUUGGCAAAGGUAACACCUGUGUGGCUGGACCCGGCUGCGCACUUCCCUUGUCCAACGUCUACAUAUAUGGCCCGGGACUUCUAAAUCUCUCCGAAAGAGUCCAUCCGAACCAUACAAAUUUAGUACAAGGUUAAAAGUUGCGCAAUCUGACAUAACAUUGCGCAAUUUCUCUCUUUGUAAGAAUUUCUGCCUUUCUCUGUCGCCCCCUCCUUUUUUGUCAACUUUUAGCUUUGGACUAAAUUAGCAGGUUCGGAUGGACUUUUGCAAAGAGAUUUAGAAGUCCCGAGCCAUAUAUAAAGUUGCCAAUUGUCACCCGAACCCACUGCAGAACGUGAAAGAAACUGAAAAAUUUAAAUUUUUUUGUAUUACUACUUUAAAAGUACAAAUUACUACUUUAACGUGCCACUUAAGAAAAAAUUAUAACUGUCACCGAGGUUCUUGGCUAGCCACUUGGGUCAGUUAGCUAUAGCUCUGAUGCUUAGCUAGCUUUUCUGUUGAAAAGGACGACUUCUUGCGACUUUAGGUCAUAAUCGAGCCUUUUGAGUCAUGAACGUCCCUGGGUCAUAAUCGGCCUUUUUCACGCAAAACACGGACAAAUUUUAAAAAAAUAAUGAGGAAAAAGAAUUGCUGAACACCCUCCGUUGUCAAGAGGAUUCCCAUUUCGCAAGGAUUUCAAAAAGUUGCCAGGAUACGGUAUCUAAAAAGGUUUGACAUCCGAGAAGAAACAAAAGCAAAAUUGGGAAGGAGCGUAGUCUGCAAAAUGCAUUCAGAGUUUGUAAUAGUAUUAAUAAUCGCUUUAUCGACUUCGGUCGACACAAAAGGUGAGUCGUAAAAUUAAAAACUUAAUUUUUGUCAUUCAGCUACUCAAAAAAGCACAUUCAGCCUUUCGAACCCAUCAAAAACUACAGUACGUCCAACAACAAUAAUAUUAUCAACAACAGAGUAAGAAUAUUGUAGUAGGUGAAACAAGAUUUAGAGAUGAGAGCUUCGUGAAUGGAACGACAACUGAAACUCCAAAGUCAAGUCUGACGAAAGCCAAAGCCGUUUUUAUUAUUGCUUUCAGUAAGUUACAUUUAUAAAUUACUUCUUAUGUAUAUGUUCAUCGUAUUACAGUAUCUGCAACGGUUCUAAUAAUCUUGCUGAUUAUUUUGAUCGCUUUUAAUGUCAAAAGUCCAAAGCUGGAGAGACGUGAGAGAACAAAUGACAUACGACCUUCUACGCGAUGA